AUGUCCCGUCAAGGCUACCUUAUUGUCUAUGACAAGUGCAAUCAUCCGGCCAUAUGCUACUUUUCACUGGAGGACGGAUUCCUGCGCCAAUACGCGACAAUGGAAUGUACCAAAUGUCUGAGGGAGAUUCAGCUCUCCGGAUGCAAACUGACCAUCAAAGCGCAGAAGCGCACGGAAGGAGUGCCGAAUAGUUUUUUCCUCGAGACACGCAGGGUGUUUGUUAAAGACCGGUCUUAUACACUUGGAAAUACGAAACGCAUUGAGUUCAGUGCCUGCAGUAGCGACGACCGAAAGGAGUGGGGCAAAGCACUCUUUUCGUGGCAACGCUACUACUGGCGCGAUCCACAGACGUCGUCGUCGUCCGAAAAGAGCGUGAUCGCUAGUGAGACGCACUUCCAGCUGGAGCAAAUCAUUGCCAAGUACUUUGUGCAAAAGCCUACGAGUAGACACUCGAUCUCAUUCGUGGCGGCCAAUCACCCACUCUCGUUUCUACGACGCAAUGUCUACGCGUUACAACGCUCACUGUCGUUGACCGUAGCGUCUACUAGUGUCAAUGCAACCAAGCUCGAGACAAACGAGGAACCGACCGACAAUAUGAAGGAUAAACUGGCUAAAGAAGAGUAUCCAGAGGCUGCUAAGAGUAACAACAUAUGCGAGGCUACUGCCGUCACGCCGCAUUAUUUUUCCGGACGUUUUAGCCACAAUAUCAAUCAGGAGACACACUAG